CAGAUCCUAUUUCAGUGAGAAAUUUGGUGGGUAACUUUUUGUUUUUGGUGUUUUUGGCUUUGAUGUUGCAGCUGGUGCUUGUGGAUAUGGUUCCAUGGCAGUUGGCUUAAGCGGUGGCUCUUCUCUUUACAAAGAUGGAGCUGGUUGCGGUGCCUGCUUUCAGGUAAGGUGCAAGAAUUCAACUUUAUGUAGCUGUAAAGGGACAAGGGUGACAUUAACUGAUAUCAAUCACACUAACGAAACAGAUUUUGUUCUUGGCAACAAAGCUUUCAUGGCCAUGGCUAACCAUGGCAUGGGGCAACACAUUUCGAAACUCGAGACGAUCGACGUAAAGAACAUGAUACCUUGUGGAUAUAGAAACCAGAACUUAGCUGUUAGAGUCGAAGAAUCGAGUGAAAAGCCGAAUUACUUGGCGAUUAAAUUGCUAUACCAGGGAGGCCAGACGAAGAUCGUAGCCAUCGAUGUAGCUCAGGUUAACCCGAACUCGAAAUAUUGUGGUGUGUUAUGUGUUUUUAAGCAAACUUGA